UUAUCAUCCAUGAUAUCCACAAAAUAUUGAUGUGCAUGUGAAAGAAUUUACUUUGUAAUGCAGUGGCUUUUGUUUUUCUUCUUUGUUAGGUUUGUUGGGGGAGAGCUGAAUAUUUGCUAUAAUGCUAUAGAUCGCCAUAUUGAGAAUGGACAAGGGAAUCAGAUUGCAAUCAUCCAUGACAGUCCUGUAACGAAUAUGAAAGAGUUUAUAACUUACCAAGAAGUUCAUGAACAGGUCUCCAAGCUGGCUGGUGUCAUGGUGAACCAUGGUGUGAAGAAGGGAGACUGUGUUGUCAUCUACAUGCCUAUGAUUCCACAGACAAUGUACACUAUGCUAGCAUGUGCAAGAAUAGGAGCGAUACAUAGCCUCAUUUUUGGUGGAUUUGCAUCAAAAGAGCUUUCUAGCCGCAUUGACCAUGCCAAGCCCAAACUGGUUGUAACAUCAACUUUUGGAAUAGAACCUGGAAGAAAAGUGGAAUAUGUGCCACUUUUAGAAAAAGCAUUGGAGAUGAUAAAGCACCAACCUGAGAAAGUUCUGAUUUAUAGCCGCUCUAACAUGGGAGCUGUUCCUCUUAAACCAGGGCGGGAUCUAGACUGGCAUGAAGAAAUGGCAAAAGCAAAGCCUUGCGACUGUGUCCCUGUUCUUUCAGACCACCCGCUUUACAUUCUUUAUACAUCAGGAACAACCGGCACACCCAAGGGUGUUGUUAGACCAACAGGUGGCUAUGCAGUUAUGCUAAACUGGACCAUGUCGGCAAUUUAUGGCCUUAAACCUAAAGAGGUCUGGUGGGCAGCAUCUGAUUUAGGCUGGGUGGUUGGUCAUUCUUAUAUUUGCUAUGGACCUCUUCUGCAUGGAAAUACAACGAUUUUGUAUGAGGGGAAACCUGUGGGAACUCCAGAUGCCGGUGCUUUUUUCCGUGUGCUGGCGGAGCAUGGAGUUGCUGCCUUUUUUACUGCACCAACUGCAAUUAGAGCAAUCCGUCAACAGGACCCUGAGGCUACCUUGGGGAAGCAGUACAAGCUGACAAGGUUCCGAACAUUGUUUGUAGCUGGUGAACGCUGUGAUGUGGAUACUUUGGAAUGGUGCAAAAAGAUCUUCAAGGUACCAGUUUUGGAUCACUGGUGGCAAACUGAAACAGGAUCUCCAAUAACAGCUUCCUGUGUUGGCUUGGGGAACUCUUUAACACCUCCUCCAGGACAGACAGGAAAAUUGGUGCCAGGAUAUAAUGUGAUGAUUCUGGAUGACAACAAGCAACCUGUAAAAGCGAAGACUUUAGGAAAUAUUGUGGUGAAGUUGCCUUUGCCUCCAGGAGCGUUUCUGGAUCUUUGGAAAAAUGAGGAGCUGUACAAGGAAUUAUAUUUCCAAAAAUACCCAGGGUACUAUGAUACGAUGGAUGCCGGUUACAUGGAUGAAGAUGGCUAUUUGUAUGUCAUGUCUCGAGUGGAUGAUGUCAUCAAUGUUGCAGGUCACAGGAUUUCAGCUGGGGCAAUUGAGGAGGCGGUUCUCUCCCAUAGUGCUGUGGCAGAUUGUGCUGUUGUCGGCCAGGAGGAUUCCUUAAAAGGCCAUGUCCCACUAGCAUUAUGUGUCCUGAGGAAUGGAGUGGAUAUUGAAGAAGAAAAGCUUUUGGAAGAGAUUGUGAAAAGGGUUAGAGAAAAUAUUGGCCCUGUGGCAGCAUUCCGGAAAGCAGUAUUUGUGAAACAGAUCCCGAAAACUCGUUCUGGCAAGAUACCACGCUCUGCUCUUUCUUCACUGGUGAACAGCAAGCCAUACGAGAUAAGUCCAACCAUUGAAGACCCUGCUGUGUUCAAACACGUAGAAGAAGUGCUGAAGAUGAAGUUAAAAUAACUGUUCAAAGUCACUGAGUAAAAGUGGAAUACUUACUGCAUUUAUUUAGGCCAAGGUUAUCUUGCAGGUCUAAUAACAUGAGACUAGUUUGAUUUCUGCAAAAGUCUGACUGAGUUUUUCUAAUCUCAUUGGCAAGUAAAUAAUACUGGAGUGUUGAAGUAAAUUCUUAUGAUCAAUAUUCAGAUCACUUUUAAAACAGUGUAAACAGAAUGGAGAAUGUGCCACUUUUAUGCUGGUCCAAACUUACCUAUAAAUAUAGAGCAGAAGAUGCUUCAUACCUUGCCAAAAUUAAACACAUCAAUCUCAUUGUGAGACGUAAUUCAUGUCCUUAAAAAAAGUGCUCAUGCUGUCAUAGAGUCAUGCUCACAAGGAACCUUUUCAAGCAGCUCAGCUGAUUUACUUAGAUUAGUCCUAGUGCUGAACAGGCUUUACAAAUUUUGCUUUCGUUCUCUUUGGGAAAUAAUGUAUGUAGGAUGGAGUUCUUCUGAUCAGGAAUGGGGUGAGUACCUGAGAAGGACACCUUAUCUUGAAAAUAGCAGCCUCAAAUCAUGUGAGUAAAACCCCUUUCAGGAUUACCCAAGUCAAAUUGGGCUUGCAAGAACCCUUAAUUCCAGCCUGCAAAAGGAUGAUGGUUCUGGCUGGGCACUUUUCUGGUUUAUCUAGCAGCCAGAUAUUUUUGUUUGUUUUGUACUUGACAGUAAAUGUUACAUGAAGUGAAAACUAGCAGAGUGUCUGUGCUGUUAGGAAUUAUGUGAUGCCAUUUUUGUGAAUCACCUUAUGUUUAAGCAUUCUGUAGUUAAGUAUUACAUUUUUCCACAGGUAAGUUUACCAUAGCUUAUAUGGAAUAAUUAUAUUUCCCGUCAGUGAGAAUGCCUUUCUGUAUAUGCUAAUUUUUACAUAGGUCAUCUUUUGUCUUUGACGUUCAGUCACCAACAUAAUGAGGAAAUUUUUACUAUGUUCACAUUAUUCAACAGAUAUCUGGGAAGCAAGGAUAUGAUAAACAUUCUCCUCAAACAACCAGCAAUUUGGAUGGUUGUAAAUGUCCCCAUGAUAAAUGGCAGUAUAUAGUUGUUCUUCAGAUAUUCAAUUAGAACACACCUUUUCCAAAAACACCCUAACACUCAGGCAGAUUUCUAACUUUUAGGUUGCCCCCUAGUGCCAAAAAAUAGACUAACUCCAGGAAUUGGCAAUAUUUAAAAACAUGCGACACAAUUAACUUUGUCUAAAUUUUGAAUUUGACUUUUAAGUUAGUGAUGCAAGUUUAUCAGUGCUGAUAUUUUCAUGACAAAACUAAAUGAAAUGUAAGUGCAGCUUCUUGAAGCGUGAGUCUUUCUGGUUUUCCUGCUGAAUGGAUUAUACAGCAGUAUUCACAGUGUUAUUCGUGAUGUCUUGUGACUAGUUCUGAAAUGAAAGGGGUCCUUUUCACAUAGUUCCCAUGCCCGGCCACAUGCAUAAUCUGCACUGAGUGCCUCUGUUACUGACUGUAGUGCCUGCAGCAUUUUCCAUAAUGGUUUGUCAUGCUGCCCUGCAUAUAUAACUGUGUGCAGUUCCUGCAGGGUGGAAGGAGAGGAAAUGAGACGCUAUUAAGGCCUGUAGAAUAAAGGGAGGGGAUCCUACGAUGAAGCACAACAAGUCCC